AGUCGGGAAGUUAUUUGAUCGUACAUAAGCAUAAAAAAUACUGUUCUAUGGAUUACACUGUAACGUUACCCGAUUACAAAAUUACAAAAGUUAUGUCAGUGUGAAGGAAUGAUGCUAGAUGUUUGUUAUGGGAAAGCAGUUUCUCUUGAACAACUACAAUGUUAACAGUGCAAUUUCUGGAAUAAAAAUACUUGCAUCCACUUCCCCUAGGUUAGGUUGGUCGCCUGCUGACUAGUAAGCAUGGGCAGCUGUAUGUAUUAUCCAGUUAAACCGAGCCGCCACGAAAGUACGUCUUAAGUUACAUUUGUGAUGAUAUAUUUAAAAUAGCUUGUUUUCGGGUUUUUUUUCUCUCAAAAUCAUGGAAGUGGAGAGCUUUGUUUCUCGGACACUCGAGCUUCUUCGAGAGGAGAGAGAAGCAGAGAUAGAAGAAACAAGGUCUUGGCAAGAGAAUGUGUCUCUCAAAGAUCUUCAACGCAAAGGAGUUUGUCUCCUGAAGCUUCAAUUGGAGAGUCAGCGGACAAGUCUCUACGGCCGUUUGCUUGGGCUAUUUGUGCCAAGAAAACACUUGGCUAUUAAAAUUCUGCCUAGCAACAGCUUUGGACCAGGAGAUAUUGUGGGCUUAUACGAUGUGGAAGGAUGUGCUUCCUCAUCCCAGCUUGGCUCAGGUGUGGUGACACAAGUAUCACAAACGACCAUUUCAGUGGCUUUCGAGGCCCAAGAUGGUUUCAGCCUGGAGGGGGAUGUGCUCUACAACCUCAUGAAACUGGCAAACAACGUCACCUAUGAGCGGCAGAAAUGUGCCUUAAACUGCCUGAAUGGCUACAGCACUGGUCCAGCCUCCAGUCUGAUAAGUGUUCUGUUUGGCUACUCAGAACCAGGGACUCUGUCACAAUCAAAUCCUGUAGAUUUUUUCAACACUGGUCUGGAUGAGUUCCAGAGAGAGGCUGUUACCUUCGCCUUGGCUCAGAGGGAACUGGCAAUCAUACACGGCCCUCCAGGGACGGGAAAAACCACCACUGUGGUGGAGGUGGUUCUGCAGGCAGUGAAGCAAGGGUUAAAGGUGCUCUGCUGUGCCCCUUCCAACGUGGCCGUGGAUAACUUGGUGGAGGCUCUGGCGCGAAACAAGGCCAGGCUGCUGCGCCUGGGACACCCCGCCCGCCUGCAGGAGUCCAUACAGAAGCACUCGCUGGACGCCCUCCUGGCCCGGAGCGACAGCACCGACAUCAUCGCCGACAUCCGCCGGGACAUCGACCGGGCCUUCGAAAAGAUGAAGAAGUCGCGUGACAAGGGUGGGCGGAGUCACCUCAAGGCCGAGGUGAAGGAGCUAAGGAAGGAGCUACGGAAGAGGGAGGAGAGCGCCAUCGCCCAGAUUAUCAAAGGGGUCGACAUUGUCCUGGCAACCAACACCGGGGCUCACGGUAACGGGCCCCUCAAGUUCCUGCCCAAAGAUCACUUUGACCUGGUGGUGAUAGACGAGUGUGCCCAGGCACUGGAGAGCAGCUGCUGGAUCGCUCUGCUCAAGGCCCGCAAGUGUGUCCUGGCCGGAGACCACAAGCAGCUCCCGCCGACCAUAAAGUCUCACACAGCCGCGGCGAAAGGCCUGGCCCUGAGCCUGAUGGAGCGGCUGAUCCAGAAGCACGGCGGCUCGGUGGUCAGGAUGCUAACCGCGCAGUACCGCAUGAACGCCGCCAUCAUGCAGUGGGCCUCCCAGGAGAUGUACGGCGGGAAACUCAUCGCCCACGCCUCCGUGGAGAAGCACCUGCUGAGGGACCUGCCAGGGGUGGGCAGCACUGAGGAGACGGAAACGCCUCUACUGCUGAUUGACACGGCCGGGUGCGGGCUGUCUGAGAUGGAGACCAGCGAUGAGCAGUCCAAGGGAAACCAAGGUGAAGCAGACAUAGUGGCUCUGCACAUAGAAGCUCUGACUGAGGCUGGCGUCAAAGCCAGAGACAUCGCCGUUAUUGCACCUUACAACCUGCAGGUGGACCUCCUGAGGCAGCUGCUUUCCCAAAAGCACCCUGAGCUAGAGAUCAGAUCUGUGGACGGGUUCCAAGGGAGAGAGAAAGAGGCAGUGGUGCUCUCAUUGGUCAGAUCUAACAGGAAGGGGGAGGUGGGGUUCCUGGCGGAGGACCGGAGGCUGAACGUGGCGGUGACGCGUGCUCGGCGCCACCUAGCUGUGGUGUGCGACACUCAGACCAUCCGGCAGCACGCGUUCCUCAAGACCCUGCUGGACCACAUGACGGAGCGGGGCGAAGUGCGCACCGCCUUCCAGUACCUGGAGGACGCCGUUCCCAUGAACUACACCCACAAGCCCUCACAGCAACACAGCCAGCCCGGGCCCAAGCCCAAUCCCAAACCCAAGGAGAAGGAAAGGCAGGAGACGGGACGCAGGAAAACCCCUCAGGGCAGACCCGGUCCUGCCCAGAGCGCCGUUACCGAAGGGGGUGCCCCCGAAACCCCCGCGGACGGGGCGGAGGGAGAGGGGAAGGGCAAGGAGGUGGAGCUGAGGGAAGAGCUGGUCAGCUUCCGGAAGGACCCGGAACGCGCCGUGCUGAGCUUCCCGUCCACGCUGAACUCGCACGCCCGCAUGCUCGUGCACCGGAUCUCCGAGGAGCUGGGGCUGACGCACGAGAGCGUGGGGGAGGGGAAGAGCAGGCGCAUCACCGUCUCCAAGCCAGAUGGGCCCGACCAAUCGGCUUCCCCCGCAGGUCCCACAGAGCGCCCUGACCGACGAGCUUCAUACACAGACUCCAAAGAGCACCCUGACCAACCAGUUUCCUCCAGAGCAUCCGAAGAGAACCCUGACCAAUCGGCUCCCUCCACGGAGCUCCCUGACCAAUCGGCUUCCUCCACAGGGCCCAAAGUGUCUGAGAGUGGGGCAUCUGGCCUGGCUCAGGCGGAUCUGAAGAAUUUGCACCUGGAGCGCAUGCAGAGGGAGCAGGCCAAAAGGGACCUGAAGUUCCAGUGCAGCCCAGCACCGACUCAGUCCUCCAAAAACUCCAAACGUUCAGCCAAAGGAAAGGGCCACUCCAAGCCCAGCUCCAUAGAGUCAGCGCUGGUGGACGAUGACUUUGACGCGCUCAUCGACUCUGUUGUGAAAGCGGACAGCGUUUGUGCUUCGCCGAAGUGUAAAGCCAGCGUUCUGACCCUGGGACAGCUCUGCCCCUUCUGCAAUAGGAAAUACUGCCUCAGCCACCAUAUCCCUGAGGUGCACGGCUGUGGGGACCAGGCCAAAGCCCACGCUCGCAUCGGACGAAGCCGGGACGCAGCACUUCACGCUGGCGGAGGGAAGAAGGCUCUGGACCCAAACAAGAAGGCCCACUUGCAGAGGAGACUGGACACCAAACUCAAAGGCCUGGCAACCCAGAGGAAAGUUAAACCAAAGGCGGAGUAGGGUUCUUUCAAAAGGACGAGAAAGGGCAAACCUGUUUAUGCAUUGCUGUGCAAGGUGGGGUACUGUGAUUAUGACGAAAUGACACUGGAUUUCAUGGUUUAUAUCUGCAGUUAGAUUUUGCCGGAGACGUUUUCUGAAAUACCUCCAUGAUUGAAGCUCCAGAACUCAGUCUAGUCCACUGCUAUCUUUACUUUUGAAAACUGCUUCCUGAUUUUCUAAAUUUGCAAAUGGUAGUUAAGAUUUGACUUUGUGUGCAUUUAGACCAGGUAUCUCAUCACUAUCGUACUAGAUCUUGAAUAACAGACUUUGCGUGUACAUUAUUGCAUAUAUUUAUUAAAGCACCUUUGCUCUAUUUAUGUAAUGCUAAAUUGGGAAGCCGUUGUCUAAAAUGGAAGAAAUGCAAACAAACUGUGUGACCUCAACAAUUUGCCGUCAGCAUGUUUGUUUCUUAAACGAACAAUAAAAAAUGCAAAAUAAAAGGAGAAUGUUGAACAGCAUAGCCAAGGGAGGGCGAUCCAAAAUAAACACCAAGCAUGGCUGAGA